CUUGUAGUUGAAACUGUUCUUCAAAGACUGCAGCAGUACACAUAUUAGAAAUCGACGAAGUUUUAAGAAAUGGCCCGCGCCGUUAAUCACAAACUUUGGGCCUCGGUAAGGCUGCGUCUAUAUAUAUUCGUUGGAUUGCUUUGACAUUAAGCCGAAUAUACGCGGGACGAGUUAAGUUUAAACCUGCCACGCUUCUUGUAAUCAGGAGAAAAGUUUUAUAUUUUGUUUCUUGUUUUUCUUUCAGAAUGUUGUUAAAGCUACGAAUGUCUUCUACAAGGAGCACAAUGUGACUCGAGAUAAGAGGGGUCAGGUUGUAGGUACGAGGGGAGGUUUCCGAGGAUGUACAGUUUGGUUUACAGGUAAGUAAAUUCUAAUAUGAUCAUACUUGUAACGUAGAUAACUCACACAGUCAAAGUCUAUGAAAGAGAAAACCGAGCAGCCAAAGUUUAGCCAAAGUUGACUACUUUUUUUAGCUUGAUAUUUGAGCGAUCACACUGAAUUCUCAUCUCCUGUGCUCUUGGUGUAAACGUUGUUUACAGUUGUGGUAAUUUCCUGGACACAUACUCGUUUAAUGUGUAAGACGAACAGCACUCAUCAGUUCUAUUAAUGUUCGAACCUUUAAAGUCGUCUCCCUAUUCUGUAACAAUUUAUCAUUCCCGCGAUGAAGUUUAUGUAGUUUUUUCUUUUCGUAGUGAAGUUCAAACAAGACGUUGUUUUAAGUGAGCAAAAUCGUACCCUGUAAUUUUUUAGUUAGAAUUUGUCAGGCAUGAAACCUCUGUCUUGUGUGUUAAUGAUGAUUUCAAGAAAAAAUAUAGUAAAAGAAGUUCAUAUAUCUUUACAGGUCUAUCUGGCGCCGGUAAAACUACUUUAAGUAUGGCUCUAGAAGAUUAUCUUUGUCGUCAAGGAAUUCCUUCUUACACUCUUGACGGAGACAACAUGCGAACAGGACUGAAUCGUAACCUGGGAUUCACACCAGAAGAUCGUGAAGAAAAUAUUCGUCGUGUGAGCGAAGUGGCCAAGUUAUUUGCCGACUCAGGAAUGAUCUGUCUCACCGCCUUCAUCAGCCCUUAUGAGCGGGUACAGUGCAUAAUUUCAUCAUUAUCUAUGAUUUUCCUUAUUUUAGAUGUUGCUCGAGUCUUUUUGGCUUUUUUGACUUGUUUAAAAGUUGGUCAUUCGCUUAUACUUUUGAGCUGUGGUUUGACUCUUAUCGAAGAGCCGUAUAACUUUUCCUAAAAGUGCGUUUCUUGUGAAUCAUGAAGUGUCAAAAACAUCUCGAUCGCUUUUCAUAAAAGUUAAUGAAUUUGCUGAGCAAACCCUUGAUGUCUGUUGGUUUACAUUAACAAGACAACGAUAACUGCCUCAUUUUAUUGUACCAUAACCAAACUUUAAAUAAGGAAAAAGCGAUUCACAGGUCUCAUCGACAAUUUGCACUCGCAAUCCAGCUUUCACAUUUCCUAAGAAAGGCUCAUUAUCUCUAUUUUGCGACCCCUUUCACAGAUUUUUUUAUUCCACGAAGAAAACCUCACGUUAUACAAACAAACGUUCUCUGUCAGUACCUUUGCAAAUAGUUCGAUAUUGCAUUGAUUCUUUUUCUCAAUUGGUUCGUAGCAAGCAAAUUAACACUUUAAACUCGGAUGAAGCCUACAGGGUCUACAGCCCAGUGAUUUUACACCGAUGAAUUCGUGAAGCUCGCGACCUUUCUCAACUGUAACAAAUUAAAUAUGAUUUAAUUGUUUUCUAGUACAGUCUUGUUUUUGCGAUUUUGCUCAGUGAGUGAACAUUGAAUAAUGUUAAAAAAGCGAAACUUGGUUUUAAAAAUUCGUCAGUCCGCUUAAAUUAGUUUUGUAGUUUAAUUUCCUCCACCUUACUUACGAAAAACACAUUUCCAAAUUGAAAGAACAAGUAAUUACGUGUAGCCUAUUCUUGGUAAUUAAAGGUUCAUAGCGGGAAAAAAUUUAUUCAAAUUUUGGCCAUGCUGACCUACGUGGCAUUGCUACGUGUUAGAGUCCUGUGAGAAUGUAUGAGCCUUAUUUGAAGUCUGGAACUAGUUUGGAGUCGAGGCGCUCGCGGCGAAGGCAGGCACGAUGCUCGAUUGCAAGUUCGGUCCCGAAGAUGUUUCUCGUAAGUCGCGAGAACGUUUUGAGCCCGGAGCGACAUUUUGAAAAUUCCAUUUCUGUAUUACUAUCGCGAUAUUUUGGCCGAUAAAACCAUCCUGAUGUAAUUCGCCAACAUUGAAUUUUAUCACUUGGCUCUCAAAACGAUCAGCAGUCCACGCUAUAAAUAGAUAUAAGAAAAAAUGGUCCCGAAACCUCCCCCGUCCCCUGUUCAGUGGGGAGCUAAAGCAACAACGACAGCGAUGGCUACCAAAACGUCUCAUAAGUGCACUUAUAAAGUGAAUUUACGUUGCCUCAAACUUUAUCGCGCUUAUUCCAUCUCGUUUAAUUCGUCAAAUGUUGGCAAAUUUUUUUGGAGUUGAAUUCUUAAGGACUGUAUCAAAUUCAGGCAAGAAUAGGAAAGUUAUUGUCUUGUGUUCCCGUCGUCGACAAAUCGUGAAAUAAGGCAUUUUCACGUCGUAGUCGUGCAGUAACGGCAAAGAAAUGUACAAUGCGGGCGUUGAUUUCGUCUCGCGUUUUCCAUCAAAUCGUCGGUUUUCAGGCGAAAUCGUCGCAUAUCAAUCGUUUUGCGUGGUAACGUUACUAGCGAGCGGAGCUCAGCGCAGAACGAGAUAAUAAGCACAGCAAAAACUCUGAACGGGCAGCACACUUUUGGCAAAUUUCUUCGCCGUCAGUGCGCGACUUACGUUGUCAAGCUUGGUUAAAAUGGCAAGGAUGCGAUCGUCGCCACUUCGACUUCGUCGGGAAAAGAUAGCUUCUUUGUUUUACGCUGAAUAGCAAACUCUUUAAACCAGAAAGCAUUUUGGGGAAACAGAAAAGUUUGAAGCGCGUGAAUUAAAGGAAGGUUUGUAUCCAUUUUACCGCCUGAAGAGACAAUAAAGCGGAAAGCCCGAAGACAUUUCUUGGCAAUUUUUACAAUCGAAAAAUGUUUUAUUGUUUAUUGAUCUCCGCCAAAAGAUCAUGUCUCCGCUUAUCUACUUCUUAUCAUUAGCCUUGCCGUAGGUUGUGCGAAUUUCUGGAUAUUUUAGUCUUGUUGUUUAUGACCAUGUAACAACGAACCGCAGGCUUUCAACCGAGAAAUGCUUGAAAGGAAUAGAUCUUUGGCUAGACAACUCCUAUCCAAGGAGGCCGACAAGAUGUUACGCGUGAGCGACUUUGACGAACGCGAAAGGCAAAUCAUUCAUCUUCCUGUUUUUCUAUAUUUACCCUCAAACGCUUUCUGCUCUAAAACAUUUGUUAUUUUACUGAAAGACAAUGGAACUAUACAAGCUUCUAACUUGCAUUUUCAUUUUCGAGAGAUGUAAAUCAAGUUUCACACCAGUUUUUCCUACUCUGAGUUGCUGCUUUUCCUUGUUUCUUGGUAUGCAAAAUGUUGUCAUGGGCUUACCGUUCGUUUUUCUUAGAGACUGUGGUUUAUAUGGUGGCCUCGUCAGUAGGUUAUGACCAUAGCUUUUCAAAGUGCGACAUUUCAAUGUAAAGAUCUUUGUUAGCAAAGCAAAGAUACUUCCUCUCACCCCUUCAGUGGCGAACAGCUCUCUAAAACGCCCACGCACGCACGCAGAGCCCGCCGCAACGGUAUUUGUCUUGGACGGAUAGUCACUGUACUCAACAGCUCAAAGAACCACCCUUGUUAACCUUUCGUUUGAUAGACAUACUGUUACAGGUCUUCAGCCUUAGCUUCUGAUAGGGGUCUGCGUGGGAUUAUAUAAUUACUCGAAUUUCAAUUAUUUGGCGGUAGAUAUUCGGCGAUAUCUCAGCAACCUGUUAACAUAAAGAUUGAGCAAAUUUCUGAGCUGUUAGUUAAUUCUUUGGAUCUGAGUUUAAGAACUGACCCGCCUCGAUAAGCCUUUGCUAUCUGCAGGUCAAAUCGUUUAUUGUAUUACCAAAUGAAACAAUGAAAUGAUGUUGUAGAGGUGUAGCCUCUGUAAUGACUCGACCUUGAAGGACCAUCUUUUUCUUUAGGACCGUGAAAGGGCGCGUGAGAAGCACGAGAAGGCAGGGCUGCCAUUCUUUGAGGUUUUCGUAGAUACUCCGUUGGAAACUUGUGAACAAAGAGAUGUGAAAGGGUUGUACAAGAAAGCAAGAGCGGGGCUAAUCAAAGGUUUGAAACUUCUUCGCCUUGUACUUAUAGUAUUUUAAUUUGUUACGUUGGUGAACUCCAUGUGAACGAAAUAAAACGGAUCCAUGCAGGCCUUAUCAGUGUAUUCAUACUGGAUGCCGGGACCACAUAAUUCGAAGCAGGGGGGAUAAUAGUAAGGGGUUACUUUUGGAAAAUUCAGGCGGAAGUGAGCGGCAUACGUGCUGUAACACUGUACCUAUUUAAGACCCGAAGUGAUUUCUAAAACACAAACGGUAUAAAAAAACAUACCCAAUUUCACACCCUGGUUCCAGACAGCACAAAUUCUCAUCCUAUUCUGGACGCAAACAUUCAAAAUUUUUAGCCAAUUUCAGAGGAAGGUGUUACAAAACCGUAACCUUCGGGCCACAAAACCUAUACAGCCGAUAUAUGGGAGUAUAACAAAAUUGUACGGGAAUAAUCGGACAGACCCUACCUGAGAAUGCUGUCUUUUGUAUGUCUUUUCAAACUGUGACCAGUAAAUUUCUCGGCUAAACGGUUUAACUGAUUUUUGCUCCAGGUUUUACCGGUAUAGAUUCUGCGUAUGAGCCGCCGUCCAAACCAGAGUUAACUCUGAAGUCUGGCGAAAUGCCGAUAGAUGACUGUGUCCAAGAAGUUAUCAAACUGCUCGCAGACAGGGUAAAAUACUUUCAUACUCUUAUGGUAUUGAUGAAAGAAGAAAUCAACCUCGUUCUCUUUCAUUUAGUUUGCGGUAUCUUUAGGUUAGUACCUCCUGUAGGCGAAUCUUUGUUUACACUUUUUGCCUCAUUAACAUAUGCUUAUCACUAUCUGAUGACGCUAAUAAAAUAAAAACUCUGAAUACUGAAAGGGCGUAACAGUUUCUGUUAUCUCUGAAAGGUUGAGCCCAAUACACCGAAUGGUUUCGGAGAAAUUCUCCUCUGAAAAUUCGAAAUUUUACAGAGUAUGUAUGGCUCAUAAACUUUUUUGCCACACAGCAAUUUCUGCUGAUAUUUCUUUCAAUAUAUUGCUUGCAAAGAGCUGAAAAUUGCACAAAUUGCUCAACUUAAUCAGCUCUUUCAAGUUUUGCAUUUAGUUCAUAUACAUGGCCACAGCUUCUAUGAGUUAAGUCGUAUGCUAAUGAGGAAAAAUGUAAACAAUGACGUCAGCAAAGAUUCGCCUAUAGGUACCUGCUCUUACUUUUUUUGCUCCUUUUUGUCUCGCGCGUCUUUCGUGCUUGCCCCGCCUGGCCUAAAGAAAACGGAAACGACUGCUACGCAUGCUAGCUCGCUCAAUUUCCGUAUCGAAACUUAAGAUAAAGGUUUUUUCGAAAAAUUAUGACUACUGUGAUUCUUAGAAUGUUCAGUGUUCUCCCUAUGAGUUUGGGAAGGCUGGGGGUAUUCUGAUUGUGAUUUUCAACAGUGUUUGUAUGAAGCCUGAAUAACAAUAGACGCAGCGACGAAUAAUCAGUUUUUAAAGACUCUUUGACAAGCUUUAUUUUUGUUCCCUACAUCUUUGGUUGACCAAGCUCUUCAUUUUGACACUCGUUAAAAAGCGAUUGGCACAGGAUUUUCGUUUAGUGCUACGUGUAAGCUCCUUGAUAGGCCCUUGUGUUUCUGGGACAUUCUCAAGAUGACUUCCUUUCAGUAAAACGGCAGAUUUGAGCAUGUUCAUCCAAGAGUAAAUCACUUUAAUUUAUAAUCAAUUAAUUGCGAGAAAACACACAAAUUAAAACAUCAGACAAUGUUUCAUCAACAUUCUCGAGUGAUUUCUUCUUUGAAAUACCUGCAGUUCUAGAUGUCAUCACAAGCUUCCGUUUGGUUAAAUCUUUGGUUCUUAAGUCAGGCGUCACCGAUUUUCCCUUGAACUAAGCCUGGCGGCCCGCCUAGCCCAAAAUACCAAGGGAGAACGCUGAUUUUUUUUAUCUUAUAUUUGUGUUUAGUAGCUUGAUUUAUCGUUUUGUUGAUUUUUCAUGAUAGGGCAUUUUGCCGUAUUCUGCCUACAGUGGGAUUAAGGAGCUGUUUGUUCCUGAGGAAAAACUCGAGGAAGCAAAGCAAGAAGCCGAAGAGAUGCCUUCAAUUGAAAUAUCUACGGUUGGUCUUGAGUUUUUCUUCUAACACAGCACUUUAUGGACUGUUCCCAGAAAAACAGGGGACUGUGAACAGUCUAAGCACUUUACUAUAAGAUUUUGUCCAAGUAUGGUACUGGUAUAAAGAGCACCGUAUUUUCUUACAAAGUAGUGUAGUUUUCCUUGAAAUGUGUACUCAACUAUACUUCAUCCCAACACUGACCACGGAGCUAAAUUUUUACUUUUCCUUGGUCCUAUUUAGGCCCGUUCACCCUUCUAGAAAUGGUACGAUCCCAUCAAAAUUAUUUUUUUUGGAAAAAAAUCUGUUUUCCCCUCGCGUAUAUGUUUCAGGCUACUUCGCGUCAAUUUCCGUGCGUUUUUCCUUACGUUUUCGGUUUCAUGCCCUUGCACACUGUUUGUAUUAGAAUAAAAACAACUCUUUCCAAGGCAAUUCCAAGCUAAAACAAUAUAAAAAUCACUUUGGCAAGUUUUCUGAAUUUUGUUUUUCUUUCUCUUUCUUCUUAGGUGGAUCUCCAGUGGGUUCAAGUGCUCUCCGAGGGAUGGGCGACGCCUCUCAAGGGUUUCAUGAGGGAACUGGAGUAUUUGCAGAGUCAGCAUUUUGGUCUCUUGUUAGAUGGUACGUUUUCUCUUAUACUCGCAAUUUGCCGAGGAAGGAAAAUAUGUUCACAAAGAAACUUUCAAACGCUUUUUUGUGAGUAACGGUCUCGUGCCAUAGUCUGGUCGUGUUAUAUUUGUAUUGUCUGUAUUGUCUCAUUUGCGCAAGCACAAACCUUUCGUUCCUGUCGUAUAAGAAAGCAAAUUUUUCUUACACAUGUUGUUUACACAGCUUCAAAUGGACAAAUGAGUAAUUUAUGUGAUGUUUAGACCCUUAUGUUUGCAAUGGCUUUUUGGUUUCGUUUCUUGAAUUUUGCCAGCUUUUUCAGUUUACUGUUGUACAACUUGAUUCGGAAGUGCAGUCCCAAUAUAUUUGGACAGUCCGCAUUUUGGUCUCGUGUCAAACUACGUUUUCCCUUAGGGUCGCAACACAUUAUAGGUUACAUGUUGCUGCAACACGUCGCGGUAGCAGAUCACUCCUUGUGCACAGGUCGGGCGACAUGUUGCGCGACCCGUUUCAGCGAAAAUUGUUUCGUGUGUACUGGAGUCUUUGUUUACGCAACAGAAUUUUGUUGCCGCAACAAUUCGCACAAAUUCAAAUUCAUUUGAUUUUGCGGUACUUGUGACCACUUAGCAAAGAGAGACGGAGGAAAGGGAUUUUCGGUUUUGGCCGCGCGAGAAAUGAAACGAGAGCGCGUUCUUUGACUCUCGUUUCUUGUUCUUUGUCUCGAAACCGCACGGAAACGCUUGCUACGCAGGCUAAGUGCUUUCCGACCUUAACUCUCAUAAAUUGCUGAGGCUUUGUAUUUUGUCUGAUUAGAACCUAGCAAGGAUCGGAUAGAGGUAUAUUUGAUAAUUACACUGUUUCAAUCGCAGAGGGCGUGGUUAAUCAGUCCAUUCCCAUCGUGCUUCCUGUUGAAACUGCUGACAAAGAGAGACUGGUGAAGGAGAAAGCGUUUGCCCUUCGCUUUCGGGGAAAACCAGUUGCUAUCAUGCGAGAUCCUGAGUUUUAUGAACACCGCAAAGAGGAACGAUGCGCCCGACAAUUUGGAACAACGAAUACUGGACAUCCUUAUAUCAAGGUAACGGCGGAAACAUUCAAAACGAAAUGCUUGAUACCCGGUUAAAAAGCAAAUAAUAUCACAGGAUGAGAAAUAAAAAAAUCCGAAGUUGAAACGACUUAUGAUUACGAUUACUGGGCGUCAAUUCUCAAAGGUAAACAUGGCUUAAGCCUUGAGCCAAGAACUGCAACUCCGUUUCAUUUCUACUCAAUAAAUAACAGUUAUUUCCAACCUGCGGAUGUUAAAUAUGAGAAAGCAAACAUUGUUUUCGAACUAAAAUGACCGGGAUGAAGGAAUCAUAGUAGUUUAUUUGUUUGUUUCUUUGUUUGCUUUUACGUACCUUACUUUGUGAGAGGAUAGAUGUUUACGUGAUGUUGCAAAUUACAGUGAGAACCUCGAGAUAACGAAGGGUAAAGGGCCUGGAAAUAUUUGUUCGUUGUAUCGAGGUUUUGUUAUAUGGAGGUUCUUUUUCAUAUAUUUUGCUAUAAUGGGUAAAAGAAAAUCGUUCGUUAUACCAAGGACGUUGUUAUAUAGGGGAUCGUUACAUCGAGGUUCCACUCUAUUUUUAAAAUCUUUUUCGUGGAGAAAAAGUCACACACAGACAGAAAUGAUCGUAAAUAGAUCAACCAGAGCAAAAGUGUUGCGGGCGACUGGUUAAGAAAAAAAACUAUUUUGUUCGCAGAUGAUACAUGAAUCAGGAGAUUGGUUAGUUGGAGGGGACCUGGAAGCCUUGGAAAGAAUUAAAUGGAAUGAUGGACUCGACAGCUACCGAAAGACUCCGAAUGAACUUCGGGCUGAAUUCCGACGACGAGAGGCUGAUGCCGUGUUUGCUUUCCAACUUCGAAAUCCAGUUCACAAUGGACAUGCGUUGUUAAUGCAGGUACGUAGCUACUUCGUGCAUGGUUACAGCCGGGCUAUGAAGCCACUAAUGUUGGUAGGAGUCUUUAAAGUAGGUUCAUAUGCUCCCGUAGAUGGAACGAAUAUAAAAUUUAGGCGAAGGGUAUAAAAUUAAUCAUUUACACGAAUUGCGCUUGUAAAAUGUAAUGGAGGAGGAAGCUGAUGGUUUUCACAUUGAACUCUUUUCGUUGGUAACUAAGGAAAGUUAUUUUUAAUUUGGGUUUAAAUUCGACGAUGUGUCAGGGAAUUUAUUACCAUUUGAGCCCAUGUUUAAAAAAAUCACGAAAUGAAUCCUCAAGAAAAGUGACUCUACCAUCAUAGUUUAGGCGAAAUCAAAUACAAGCAAAAUAGAGUGAGAUAAUUUGAAUUAAUCUCUUCCUAACAGGACACCAGACAGAAGUUACUUGACAGGGGAUUUAAGAGGCCUGUUUUGUUACUGCAUCCCCUGGGAGGGUGGACUAAACAGGACGAUGUUCCUUUACACGUCAGAAUGAAGCAACAUCACGCGGUUAUGGAGGAAAAAGUACUGGACCCUGAACACACAGUUAUUGCUAUUUUCCCUUCACCUAUGAUGUACGCAGGUCCAACAGAGGUUCGUUAUCAUUGAUUUUAUGUUUUGUAAUGCAAGAGCACUGAACGGAAUCUGAUGCGAUAGCCAAAGUUCCUUAGGGUACUUCACUUCAAGCAUUAACGUUUCCAGCGCUAAUUUAUUAUUUUACGAGAAAGCUUUCUCAAAGGGCUUUUUGACAAACUCUUAGUCAUCUCAGGCUUGCAAUUGACUCGCUGUUUACUGAUACUGGUCCUAACUUUUGUGUUGUUGUUUUUUCCGUGUUUUUUCCUAUGUUCGGAAGAAGUUAAUUCGUGUCUUUUAUUGCUGCCCUUUUUGAUUGGCUGGAGUAUGUCACCAACCGGAAGUAAAGCAAAAUCUGUGCAUCCUAUGGAGACUUGUUCUUUGUUCUUACUCGUUCUACUUUCGUCGUGUUCCGAUUGGUUUAUUUGAUCUCCAAUCGUCUGUUCUAACAAAGGACAAAGUGAAGCGCCAUGCACGUGUGAAUCGCUUUAUUAAACCCUUGUUUUACUCUCGACAGGUUCAAUGGCACGCUAAAGCACGUGUGGCAGCCGGAGCAAAUUUCUUUAUUGUAGGACGGGACCCAGCUGGAAUGCCCCAUCCUGAUCCUCCAAAAAGGGACCUUUAUGAACAUACUCAUGGUAGAAAGGUAGGUUUUAAAAUGUACAUUUUAGUAAUCUUUGUUUUGACUCGGGCAACUUUAGAAGUUGCCAAACAUGCUUAAGGUGUGAAAAGAACUCCAUACUUUUACCAACUAAACGUGUAAAGCGAAGCAGAUUAUUGUUCUGGAAUUGUCGUAACUUGGAUGUGAAAGGAGAGAGGCCUUGUCGCCGUUUACAGACUGACUUAGCGUCGUAAGUGGAAUGGUCUCAGCUUAAAGCUGUCUCGUUUUCCUGUCUAUACUAAAACAUUCCAAUAACUACUUUACAGAGCCGUCACUUCUACAGUGACAUUCAAGAUGUUUUGAAUGUUGUUGUUUAAAUUUAAAUAACACUCUACAGUGAAACCUGUAAUAAUACCGGUUCGUUUGACAAAAAAUAUGGAAGAAUGAAACGGGGGCUUUCUAGCUUGCGUGGCAGGCAUUAACAGGAUUAGGGGAAGGAGGAGGGGGAAUUCAGGCGUGCGGGGAGGCUUCCUAUUCUUUGCACCCCCGAAUUUCCCCCUCCUCCUUCCUCUAUUUAACGCCGGCCACGCAGGCUAGGGGCUUUUCUCUAAUAUCCGCUCAAUGCAGGGUGCCUGCUUAUUAUGCGGUCUGCGUAAUAUAGGUUUCAUGGUAUUAAAAAUUUCAAAGAAGGUGUAUGAAGAAAUCGUGAUUGUGGAUUUGGUAUGUAAAACACUGAUACUUGUGGAGUGGAUAAGUCAGGACCAAUUAUAGCCACACCUAAGGUAUGCGAACACGUUUGAGGCCAGAAAUGUGUCCGCAUAGAUCAAGUUAUGGUGAGACGAUUUGUCAUAAUAACUUUGCAUCCGUCGAUGAAAUCCUGUGGUGUUUCCAUUCAAAUGAAUCCUCUUCAGCAGUAAUUUCACAUGGUGCAUUUUUUUUACAAUGAAGUUGUCUGUGGCCGAAAUCCCAUGGUGUUACCAUCCAAAUGAAACCUUCUUGGCUGAUGGAGGUUAAAAAACGCAUUGUUUAAAUCCAUGACUAAGUCUCCGGCUGGGGGAGUUGUUAGUUAGUGCAUAUGGUUUUAACCCUAGAUAAUCUUUUUCUUUACUAGGUGUUGACUAUGUCACCAGGUUUAACUCAGCUUGAGAUAGUACCGUUCCGCGUGGCAGCGUACAACACUAAGGACAGAAAGAUGGAAUUCUUUGAUCCUGCAAAGAAAGAGGAGUUUGAUUUUAUUUCUGGCACACGCAUGCGCGCUUUAGCACGAUCUGGUGAAGUUCCUCCGGACGGGUUUAUGGCGCCAAAAGCGUGGAACGUGCUAUCUGAAUACUACCGUUCACUUAAUGACAAUUAAUAAGGGAGCCUUAUAAAGGACUAAAUCUGAUUCUUCUGUCGUUCUUAAAGAAGGUGGAUACUUUAAAAACUAAUUCAAAUUGCCCCGUACUAUAUUGUAACUAACAGUACUAGCAUGUUUAGUUGAGAUGAGAGAACCAACGGAACUCAUCCACAAACUCUAGAAAAAUAUAUGAGCCUGUUGUGACAUACAGAUAAGGUUAAGGUACUAUGAAACGGGCAACAAAAACGCUGCUAAACGAGCUGAAUGGCAGGGUUGCGCGUUUUACCACCCACGAAUCAAACCUUUCUUGCAAAAUGUCUUGUUGCAGGUUGAAAAAAAUUGUUGUAGAAAGUAGAGAAUAGUUCUACUUUUUGCAACAAAAUCUGUUUACGUUGGGCGUUUAACCGGCCCAAGGCAAACUUGUUUUUCAGAAAGAGACGUAAAUCCCUUUUAUGGCGUGACUCCCGCGUAAUUUUAUCUAAUCAGAAGUUGGUAUUCACGCAACUUGCAACAACCUGAUUUGUUGCAAGACAGGUUUGAAUGAGGGUGGCUAAACGCUGAACUUAGUUUUUCAACUCGUUAGCAGCAAUGCUGUAAAGCAAGGUGCAGGUUUUUGUUGCACGUUUUACGGUAGCUUUUGUAUCUAUGGCGUCUCUUAAAGCUACUCUUCCUUCUCUGGACUGCAUUGCCCUUGCUAUUUUGUUAACAAACGAUUUUCUGAUUUUGUAGAUGAAGACAGGUACGUCUAAAAAGAUCGCUUUCUUCCAGUCCCUAUGGUACAAUUUUCACUUGUAAAAUUUGAUCUUAUGUUGCGUAUCCCCACUUUAAGAAACGACAGUAACGAGUCAGAGUCAUGACAUUGUUAGAUUGCACCACUUAACUCAAUUCUAUUUUAAUAAGUUUUUAUUCUUGGUCCAUGUGCCGCAAUGAACCGUUACACAAAAACAAGAAUUCUUUGUAGUGUUUUUGGCAAUAAUUUCAAGUUAAAUUUAACCUGUGCAACAGUAUAGUGUAGAUAGGAUUUUUACUGUAGAAUUUUUUCUUAGACUUAGCUUUGUAUCUUAAGUUAUCCGUUAAGUCCAGUUUCAUGCUAAGAGACUUAAAAGUUUUCAGAACGGUAGGGAAUGGUAUGAAAAUUUCAGUUUAUAGGCAACCAGGAAUGACGGAGCCAUGAUGGUCAACCUCGUUCCCAGGGUUCUCUCGUAUUCGUCCUCCAGGGGCCGAGUGGGAUAGGACCCUGGGAACAAGUUUGGUAUAGAGUGGCUGUAUCCCUAAAACAGAUCUUAGAAUAAGUAGUAAUAGUAAUAGAAAUAAUUAGUCUAUCUUUUUAACUGGUAUUUUAAUUGGGAUUUCUGGUAUGUUAAUGUA